AUGUCGGAGGAGGUUGGCUUGCCAGCAAAAUCUGGUGUUGCUGGAGAUAUGAUAAUGGUUAUUCCGAACGUUAUGGGUAUUGCCAUUUACUCUCCGAGGCUGGACAGUUUGGGCAACACGUACCGUGGCUUGAAGUUUGCCGAAGCAUUCAUUGAGAAGUUCAACUUCCACAACUAUGAUAGCUUGGUCUAUUCCGACUGCAAGAAAAUGGAUCCAAGAAAAGCUGUGACAGAUCUUGAGCAGGAUAAUACUUCCAAGUUCAUGUAUGCUGCGAAGAAUGGCGACAUUUCUGCUAUGAAAAGGUAG